UUCCUGGGACAGAGGAAAGACCAGUCUCUAAGAACACAGGGAGAACCACCUGCUCUGCAUGUGUCUGGACCUCUGUGCUCAGGAUCUGUUUCUGAGCUGUGGAGAACCUCUGCGGGGGAUCUGUUUUUACAUUUUCUCUCUGAUGUGUGUCCAUGUGCAGUGGCAUGAUAGCCCGUGUGUGUCCCUGGAGGCGCGCGGAUGCUGGACCUGUGAACUGUGAAUGACACACACACUGCUUUAGCGGACCACUUCCACACACCCAAACACACACAAACUCCUGGACCACUGGAAGCCAGCAGAGCCAUGGAGUGUUCGGCCGUGCAGGCGGAGACUCCUGGUAUCCAUAACAACAGUGUAGAGUUGACCCUGGAGGAGAGUCCGGUCCUCAUCUCCUCAUUCUGCACCGAGCUACAGCUAGAUAGCAUGGAUGGAGGAGGGGGGUAUGACAUAGUGAAUAACCAGGUGAUACCAACACCAGGGCCACCACCAAACUACAGAUCACAUAAUGCCUCACUUCGACAAAGUUGGGAGAUGAACUACCAGGAAGCAGCCAUCUAUCUACAGGAAGGAGAGAACAAUGAUAAGUUCUUCACACACCCUCGGAACCCCAAGGCGCUGGCAGCAUACUUGUUUGCUCACAACCACCUGUUCUACAUGAUGGAGCUGCUAACAGGACUCCUACUGAUGGUGCUGUCUCUCUCUGAGGCUCCCGCUGUACCAUCACUACGCCUGGAUGUUUAUGUCCACGCCACUCUGGAGUUAUUGGCUCUGGUUAUGGUGGCGUUUGAACUCUGCAUGAAGCUGCGCUGGCUCGGCUUCCACACAUUCAUCAGACACAAGAGGACCAUGGUGAAGACGUGUGUGUUGCUGCUCCAGUUUGUGGAAGCCAUAGUGGUUCUGAUCCGGCAGACGUCACACUUGCGUGUGACCAGAGCUCUCAGACCCAUAUUCCUGGUGGACUGCAGAUACUGUGGUGCCGUGCGCAGAAACCUGCGUCAGAUCUUCCAGUCCCUUCCCCCUUUUAUAGAUAUCCUGCUGCUGCUGCUCUUCUUCAUGGUCAUCUUCGCCAUCCUGGGCUUCUGUCUGUUCUCCCCUAACACUUCUGAUCCGUACUUCAACACUCUGGAGAACAGCAUCGUUAGUCUUUUUGUGCUCCUGACCACCGCAAACUUCCCAGACGUGAUGAUGCCAGCGUACUCUAGGAACCGCUGGUCCUGUGUCUUCUUCAUCGUCUACCUUUCCAUUGAACUCUACUUCAUCAUGAACCUGCUUCUGGCAGUGGUGUUUGAUACGUUUAACGGUGUUGAGAAGAUGAAGUUUAAAUCUCUGAUGCUCCACAAACGCUCCGCUAUCGACCAUGCCUUCCAACUGCUGGUCAGCAGACAGAGGCCGAUGGGUGUGUCUCUGAAGCAGUUUGAUGGUCUAAUGCGUUUCUACAGACCCCGUAUGUCAGCCAGAGACCGCUUCCUCACAUACAAGGCCCUUAACACUGCAGGAGCACCCAUGCUCAGCCUAGAUGACUUCUAUAAAUUCUAUGAAGUAAUCGGCCUCAAAUGGAAGGCACGGCGGAGCGGGGAACACUGGUUUGAUGAUCUUCCACACACUACUUUUCUUAUCUUCAAAGGCAUCAACCUGCUGGUCAAGUCUAAAGCCUUCCAGUACACAAUGUAUGUGGUGGUGGCCGUCAACGGAGUGUGGAUCCUAGUAGAGACCUACAUGUUGAAUAGUGGAUUCUCCUCGUCCAGAAUAGUCCCCUGGAGUUACAUCAUCUUCCUCACCAUCUAUGGGGUGGAGGUGUUGUUGAAGAUAACGGGCAUGGGACCGUUGGCCUACUUCAGCUCCGGCUGGAACCUGUUUGACUUCUCUGUGACGGUGUUUGCCUUUCUGGGCUUGAUUGCCCUGGCCUUCGACAUGGAGCCCUUCUACUUUAUUGUGGUUCUCAGACCGCUGCAGCUACUCAGGUUGUUUAAGAUAAAGCAGAGGUAUCGUAACGUGUUGGACACCAUGUUUGAACUCUUCCCAAGGAUGGCAAGUCUGGGGCUGACAUUGAUAAUCUUCUACUACUCCUUUGCCAUCGUGGGGAUGGAGUUCUUCGCUGAUGUAGUUUACCCUAACUGCUGCAAUACCAGUACAGUAGCAGAUUCAUACAGGCAGAUCAAUGUAACCAUAGGCAACAGGACGGUGCUGGACGAGGGCUACUACUAUCUCAACAACUUCAACAACAUCCUCAGCAGCUUUGUGACUCUGUUUGAGCUGACUGUGGUAAACAACUGGUACAUCACCAUGGAAGGAGUGACCUCCAUGACAACUCACUGGAGCCGCCUCUACUUCAUGACCUUCUACAUUGUCACCAUGGUGGUGAUGACCAUCAUCGUUGCCUUCAUCCUGGAUGCGUUUGUGUUCCGUAUGAACUACAGCCGGAAGAACAAAGAACCACUGUUAGAUCCUGAGGAUGAGAACGGUAUAGUGUUUGAGGCAGAGGUGAAUCGUGACGAGGCGUUGGCCACUCUGGAGCUUUAUAAACAGACGUGCCCUGGACUCUCCUCACUCAACUCUCUACAGGGAGUACUGCUGGCCAUGGACCGCAGCGGGAGCUCGUCUCUGGUGUAUCUGGGUCGGCGGUCAAGGACCAAGAGUGACCUCAGCAUGAAGAUGUAUGAGGAAGAGAUCCAGGAGUGGUAUGCGGAAUACUCCAGAGAGAACCUACCCCAGUCAGACAGAAGCCUAGUGGAAAGAGAGCUGGAAAUCCCUACCUCAUGCCCUGACCCUGAACCCGACCCUGAACAUGAACCCCAACCCCAGCUCAACUCACAAGGACCACUUAGCACUAACUAACAAUCACUCACUGUUUUGCUCUCUCUCUCACACACACACACACACACACACACACACACACCUCUCUGACUUCAGUCAUCAUGUCACAGAGCACUCUGUGAACUUAAUGGGGAUUGUCUUCCACAAUGACAAUACAGAGAACCCCUCAAUACUCCAUGUCUGUCUCCCUCCCUUCUUCCCCCUCCUCCCAUCCUGAGGGAGUGUACUCUAGCAGCCUGGUGGGACAGUUGGGAUGUGGACAGAUGUGAUGGUGUCAUUGACCUACAGCCUGGAUCCUGGAUGCAGCAGGGAUUUCUGUUGAUAUGAAUCAUGUUCUCUAUCUGACUGGAUCUCAAUGUUCAACUCAAGGACCUUAGUCUGCUGAUGCAUAGACAGCCGAAGCAGAGCAUCGAUUUAGGGGUUCGAGGGCAGAGUUAGGCCCUCUAGCUGUGAGACAGAGAGCUGAUGUUCAAGGCCACCGGAGUACGAGGAGCCACUAGGAUGGACUUGGGAUUUCACACUGCUCUGGACACGGCGAGGACAUACAUGUCUGGACAGUGAAAGGACACAUACCUGUAGGUGAACACUGUGCUGCCUGUAGAUACAUACAUACUCACACGAUCCCGCCCCGUCUGCCAGCACUAAGCUAAGCCCCCUCAACAGCCACUAUACCCACACCCCACAAAUCCCCCCCACCCAACACACACCCACACCCUUCAAACCCCAGCAUCUGUCCAGUAACCUACAGCUAUAUCUCCUAGCCAGUGUCUGAACAAACCUAAGAGAAUAGUUUACUUUUUUAACUUGUUAUUCUGUAAGUGUAUUAUAAUGUAUUUGGUGUAUUAAAUGAGGAGUCAUUUAAAUACGUUG